GAAAACGGUAUCCAUAAUCCAGUAAAACGCCGGCGUGGCCGCUCACAGGAGUCACAGGUUUCUCUCUGGUUCUACGUCACCUAAGCAGCUCGUGGCAGAUACGCGUCGAUCACUGUGGCCCGAUAUUAUAUUUCGCGUGAAAAAUGGCUGCAAUUUUACGCGUAAAGCGCAAAAACACCAACGCUCCGCUGGACACGCUGGUGAUCGCAUGCAAGCGCCCGAAAACCGAGGUGGCGUCGGACACUCCAACUGUGCAGACCGUCGCACAGUUUGCCGGCACGCUCGCAGAUCCGACUGAGGAUGUCACCAAGCACAUGGCUAGGAUUCUACCGAAAAUAAGCACAGAAAGUCACAAAAGCGGCGUCAAGAGGAUUGCCGACAAUGAUAAUCCCGCAAAUAUUUCGGGUAAGGUACCCAAAUGGAUAGACGUGGACUCAGUGACGGAAAGGUAUAAGGUUACCGAUUGCCAGCAUUGUGUGAACUCUUCGAAUCAGGAAGAGCUUGAGGAUAAGUGGAUGACACUUAUAGAUGUGGAGGAUAGCUGGAGUGUUUCCCGGCUGGCAGAAAAUCAGGCUUCAGCAGAGGACCUCGCUGAUUUUGUAUAUGAUUUAUAUUAUGUACAACAAACCGGUGAUACCUCGUGGUUAGAUAGUGAAAACAUAUUGGUGCGGGCAGACGGUCGAAACGUGUAUGUUGAGGACGAUGACGAUGACUCCUCAGAUUCCAAUGCAGAAUCACAUUGGAAAAACGAUUAUCCCGAUACGGAUCCCGACCGUGUGUCUAACCACGAGGAUUCUGACGAUUAUUUCGACGUCUAUGACGACGACGACAAUCUGUACGACUCCAAAACAGAUAAAGACAAAUAUAGAUCCUUGUACAAACUGGAAAUGAGGAGUAGUUCCGACAGUGAUUCGUCGUGCGGUAAAGAUGACCUUUUACACGAAGGAGCCUCGUCGAAUAGCGAAGCAAAAUUAACAGAUAGUGAAGAAACGUCAGAUAAUGAAGAAAUGGAAAAAACAUAAAAAUAUAUUAACAAUAUAUUGUCAAUGAAUUAUAAAAACGUGUCAUCACCUUAGGUCAACAUUCAGAGUCCGAUCUUACAUUCGUGCUCGUCUUAAGUCUGUGGUUUAUGGGUAAAUCUUAUUUCAUCCAGCUUAUGAAACUGUACAAUCUUGAGAUUGCAUUUUCAAGAUUGAACUAUGAAUACCGCCCAUAUAAUAAUAUUCCUGAAAUACGGAAUGGAAAAGGAACUUGAUAUUUAACAAAAACUAAAAUUGCUCGCAUAUUUCCAAAUAAUUCAUAAUUCGUGUGUACAUUAAACACAUUGAAUAUGUACUUUGUAAUAAACGCAUUUCUUUAGUAUAUAUUUAAGUUUUUUAAAUCUUCGCGUUUCUUUUUGCAGAAAAAUGAAUUGUAAAUGGCAUAAAGUUUUAUUUGUAUAUCU